AAGGGUUGCAAUUGGAAGUGAGCAUAGCAUUAGGCCAUUAGCAUACGCUGCGGAUUGUAUUGAAUUCAAUAUUCAUUCACUCCAUAAUUCGAGUUUUUGAGGCUAUUUGGGGUUCGGGUCUAGGCUUUGGGUCCCUGGGUAUCUCUUCAAAUUCAAGGAUUUAACCUCCCAAUAACAAAUGCAAAACUAAAAAUCCCACCUGUCUGACGUUUCUCCAUUUAAGGCCAUGGCAGGAAAGAAAAUUAUAGCAAUAUGUCAGUCUGGUGGCGAUUUUAUCACCAAUAAAGAUGGUUCUUUGUCCUACAAUGGUGGCGAUGCCUAUGCCAUAGAUAUCAAUGAGCAAUCCAAGUUAAGUGAUUUCAAGUCUGAGAUAGCAGACAUGUUUAAUUUGAGAUCUGGUAACAUGUCUAUCAAGUACUUCCUCCCUGGGAACAAGAAGACCCUCAUUACUAUCUCCAAAGACAAGGAUUUUUUGCGCAUGCUUAACUUCAUUUGUGAGUCUUCGACCGUUGAUGUCUUCAUUGUGCCGGAGGAAGCGGCUGCUCGUAAUGUUUCAAACAUGCCGGCUAGUAGGUCGAGUGGGACGACUAUUUCAGAAGUUGGGGCUCCUAUUGGUGCACCUGCCAAUGUUGAUGUUGGGAUGAUCAAUGGCAUCGACCAACUUGACUUGGUCAUGCCGAAUGAAACCCCUUUGGACUGUAUGCCCAUUAAUAUAAAUGAUGAGAAGCAUCUUAAAGCUGCUGAAGUUUGGGAGAAUACGAUCACUGGUGUUGACCAAAGAUUUAAUAGUUUUAAUGAAUUCCGAGAAGCUGUGCAUAAAUAUUCAGUUGCACAUGGUUUUGCUUAUAGGUAUAAGAAAAACAACCACCAUCGUGUUACUGUUAAAUGCAAAGCCCAAGGCUGCCCCUGGAGGAUAUUUGCAUCAAGACUGUCCACUACCCAGUUGAUUUGCAUCAAGAAAAUGAACACGACACAUACAUGUGAAGGAGCUGCUGUAAAAGCUGGGCACCGGGCAACAAGGGGUUGGGUGGGAAGUAUUAUAAAGGAGAAAUUGAAAGCUUCUCCCAACUGGAAGCCAAAAAACAUUGCCAAUGACAUCAAAAGAGAAUACGGAAUCCAACUGAAUUAUUCUCAGGCAUGGCGUGCAAUAGAGAUUGCCAAGGAACAGCUUCGAGGAUCCUUUAAAGAGGCAUAUAGUCUCUUACCUUAUUUCUGUGAGAAGAUAAAAGACACUAACCCGGGCAGUAUUGUCUCCUUUGUUACCAAGGAUGACUCGAGCUUCCAUCGACUCUUUGUCUCAUUUCAUGCCUCGAUAUCUGGUUUUUUACAAGGCUGUCGACCUCUAAUUUUUCUUGACAGUACAUUUAAAUUGCCUCGAUACGAAGGGAUGUUGUUGGCUGCAACCGCUGCAGAUGCGGAGGAUGGUAUU